CUCUUCUUUAUUUAUUAUCCACUUCCCACUCAAAUAUUAAAUAUAGCAUUUUCAUUUGGUUUUUUCCUACUCACUCUCUCACUCACUUUGAUUUUUGUGACAACAUUUUCAACACAACUGUGCAAAAGACUCACUGAUACUAGUUAUUGUGUUUAGUUGACAAGUUCUGAUGGCAUUGGUAUCUAAAAGAAGUUCAUCUCUGAAUCCAAAUGCACCUCUCUUCGUACCUGCUGCUCUUCGUCAGGUGGAGGAUUUUUCACCUCAAUGGUGGGAGCUUGUGAAAUCUUCGACAUGGUUUCGUGAUUACUGGUUGAGCCAGCACGAGGAGGAGGAUUUUGGAGAAAGUGGUGGUAAUGAUACUGCAAAUGAUGAUAUGGAGAAUACGCUGUCUGAAACUUUUGAUCUAGGCAUUGAAGAAGAAGACUUCAAUUUUCUUGAGAAUGAGUUUGAGAAGUUGGUGAUGUCGAACGAAGCUCAAGAGCAUCCGGUUAUGGAUGAUCCUGUUGAUGAAAGAAAGCCUCUUCAUGGUGUUAACAAGGAUGCUUCAGCUCUUCUCAAGAUCUUGUCCCCAAAUGAAAGGGGUGUCAAGUCCCCUAUUGGUUCAAAGCAGUUUGAGAAGCCAGCACAAUAUGUUAACCUCAAGUGUGCUCCUCAAAGAAUCCACCAACCUCGUUGAGAGAAACUUAAAAGCUCAUAGUAAUGAUAGCUUGCUUGGACUGCAAGUUACUGACUAGAGUAUGCAAAUUUCUGUUGAAAUAACUUGUGUAUAUAGAAGAUGCAGUAGUGUCUUUGUAUUUUUCUUGUUGAUUUGUCAUGUAUAUUUAAUGGUAGGUGAUGAGACUUUAAAUUUGGAAUGUUUAUGGUUGGUUAACUUUAUUUCAUAUCAUUUUGAAUUAAAUGGUUAAUGUUGCAUGGUAUAAGAGAGUCUAUGAAUUUGAGAUUUAGGUGUGUCCUGUUUAAUGUGGCAAUUGGAAUGAACUUUUCAUUUCUUGUGA